GCCCGCCCGCCGCCACCCACCUGCCGCCCGCCCAGCCGCCAGCCGGGGCGCCGGGCUCGCCCCUCGCCGAGCGAUGUCCAGGAGGAAACAGAGCAACCCCCGGCAGAUCAAACGGUCCCUGGCAGCGAUGGAGGAAGGCGAGGACGCCCCGGUGGGGGACAAGAGCCCCUCGGAGAGGGACGGGGCCACCUCGGACUGCGAGGGCUCCGCCGAGCGCGACACCUGCAGCCCCCCCGGCAGUGAAGAGUCCAGAGAUGCUCUGGAGAGUCCAAAGGAGCCGGAGAAGCCGGAUCCAGGAGAAAACCCCCAGGAGCCAGACAGCUGGAAUGGGCCAGAUGAGCUGGAGCUGGAGGUGCGGGAUGGGCAGAGACGGGUGCGGAGCCGCCAGAGCCUCCCCGAGGGCUUCUCCUGGGGCCCCUUCGCGGGCAGCAUCCACAGCGAGCCGGCAUCGCCGGGCCACGGCGACACGAGCCCCCCCCUGACGCUGGUGCUGGGGGACGAGAGCUGCUGGCUGUCCCUGCUGCCCCUCGUGCCCGGAGAGCCCGAUGCCAACGCUGUCAUCUACAGGAAGGACGAAGCCCUGUGGUGCCGCACGACGCGGGCGCUGCGGGAGAACGAGCCCCUGAGCGCCUUGGUGGUGGCAGAGCCACCAGCUGUCCCCAAGCACGGGGUGAAAGCGGAGCCCGGCGAGUCCCCGUACCCGGCGGCGCUGCACUCCGACAUCCAGCUGCUGCCACAGCAGGCCGGCAUGGCCGCCAUCCUGGCCACCGCCGUGGUCAACAAGGACGUGUUCCCGUGCAAGGACUGCGGGAUCUGGUACCGCAGCGAGCGCAACCUGCAGGCGCACCUGAUGUACUACUGUGCCAGCCGGCAGAGCGCCGGCGCCGGCUCCCCCGCCCUGGACGAGAAGCCCAAGGAGACCUAUCCCAACGAGAGGGUCUGCCCCUUCCCACAGUGCAAGAAGAGCUGUCCCAGUGCCAGCUCCCUGGAGAUCCACAUGCGCAGCCAUAGCGGAGAGCGGCCGUUUGUCUGCCUGAUCUGCCUGUCUGCCUUCACCACCAAGGCCAACUGUGAGCGGCACCUGAAGGUGCACACGGACACCCUGAACGGUGUCUGCCACAGCUGUGGCUUCAUCUCCACCACGAGGGACAUCCUGUACAGCCACCUGGUCACCAACCACAUGAUCUGCCAGCCGGGCUCCAAGGGCGAGGUGUUCUCACCUGGGUCAGCCCUUCCUGCUGCCAAACCCCUCGCUGCUGGGCUGAGCCAGCCGAACAACGCGUCCCUGCGCAAGUGCAGCCUGGGCGCGUUCCUGCCCGAGGCGCUGCCGGCCCUGCCGCAGCACGUGGUGCUGCCCGGCCCCGACGCCGCUCCGGCACCACCGGCACUGCCCGCCUCGCCCCCCGACCCCCGGGCCGGCAAACUGUCACCCCCAGCCCAGCUGCAGAACGGGGAAGGACCUUCAUUGGCAUCCUCCUCCUCUUCUUCCUCCUCCACGUCCGGCGAGCCCGUGCGCAUCAAGGAGGAGCCGGCGGGCAGCCCAGCCAGCGAGGCGGAGGCGCCGAGGAGCGGGGAGGGGGCCGGCAGCCCCGAGGGCGGCUCCCGGACCUCAUCCCCCCGCAGCCUGGCCUCGGCCAAGGUCAAGUCGGAGCUCGCCAGCCCCACGCCGGGCUCCAGCCCCGUGCCCAGCGAGCCGGGCACGGCGGGCGGCACCGUCUUCCUGCCGCAGUACGUGUUCGGCCACGAGGCCGCGGUGGUGCCGCAGGCCUCGGAGAUCCUGGCCAAGAUGUCGGAGCUGGUGCACAGCCGGCUGAAGCAGGGCCACGGCGGCGGCGCGGUGCCGCCCGCCAUCUACACGGGCACGCCGGUGCCCAAGGGCGCCACGUGCUUCGAGUGCGAGAUCACCUUCAACAACAUCAACAACUACUACGUGCACAAGCGCCUGUACUGCUCCAGCCGGCAUCUGGCCGAGGACAGCCCCCCCGGGGCACGCAAGCUCAAAGCUCCCCCCGGGGCGCCCAAGGGUCCCCUCGCCCCGGGGACGCUGCUGUCCCCCCCGGCGGGCAACGGGCAGGGCCCGGCAGCGGGGGACGGGGACGCCGGUCGCGAUGCCACCCCGCCGGCCGCCGCACCGGAGGGCAAGGCUGAAGAAGGGGGCACCAAAGUGGGGUCCCCCGAGGCGGAGGGGGGCUCGGGGCGGUGCAGCGAGGACAGCCAGAGCCCCGGCAGCUCGGCGGGCGACGAGGGGGACGAGGACCCCAGCAAGACGCUGUGCGAGGCGUGCAACAUCCGCUUCAGCCGCCACGAGACCUACGUGGUGCACAAGCGCUUCUACUGCGCCUCCCGGCACGAUCCCCCCCUGCGCCGCCCCGCCGCCCCCAAAGUGCCCUUCCUGCCGCAGCCCCUGCGCACCCGCAAGCGCCGCAAGCUCUACGAGAUCCACGGCGCCGCUCGCCGCCCCGCGGAGCCCCCGCCGGCCCCGGAGCCCCCGCCCGCAGAGCCGCCCGCGGCCGCCCCCGAGCCCCGCGCCAGCCCCAUGGACGCCGAGGGUCCCAUCGACCUGAGCAAGAAGCCGCGGUGGCAGAGCGAGCCGGCACCGACACCGGUACCGGCACCGGCGCCGCUGCUGCCCCUGGCCGAUUAUCACGAGUGCACGGCCUGCCGCAUCAGCUUCAACAGCCUGGACGCGUACCUGGCGCACAAGAAGUACCAGUGCCCGGCCACGCCGCUGCAGCCCCGCACGCUGGAGCACCUGCAGAAGAUGAAGGGAGCCAUGGCCGCCCCCCUCAAGGGCCGGCACAGCCCCGGCAGCCCCGGUGAAGGGGACCCCGAAGGAGGGCUGCGGGUGAGGGCGGCCCCGGCGGGGAGCCCCGGCAUCCCCUACCCCGGGGCGGACUCGCUGCAGCGUCACCCCAAGGGUUCCCUGCCACUGCCGGGGGCCAAGGGUCCCCUGGCCGCCUGUCCCUACUGUCCCCUCAACGGGGCCAUCAAGGGCGACCUCCUGGAGCACUUCCGAAACGCCCACGGGCUCUUCGUGGCCAAGCCGGGGCCAGCGGAGGCCCCCGGUGCCAGCAGGACGCCCGAGCCCCCGCUGCCCGCCGCGUCCCCUCCCCGCCCGCCCGGCCCACGCCUCCGCCGGGACAGCGCCAAGGAGGGCCGGGAGCCCCGGCCCCCGGCUCCCCCGCGCCCCGCCUCGCCCGCAGCCCCCGAGGCGCUGCGGGAAGCCGCCCGCAAGCCCCCCACGCCCCCCGCCUACACGGACAGGGGGGUGCAGACCCCCCCGGGCAAGGCUGUGCCCGGCCCGGUGCCCAACGGCAACCACAGGUACUGUCGCCUCUGCAACAUCAAGUUCAGCAGCCUGUCCACCUUCAUCGCCCACAAGAAGUAUUACUGCUCCUCCCACGCCGCCGAGCACGUCAAGUAACCCCCCCAGAGCCCCCCAGCACCGCUCGGGGGGCUGCAGGGGCUGGGGGGUGGAACCGGUGCCUGACGCCCCUUCCCGUGCAGGGGUUGGGGUGAUGGAGGAUCCCCCCAGGAGGCUCCACCGGGGCAGCUUCAGCAUCUGGAACCCCAAAGCUGACCCAGGUUGGGGGGGUGAGGACACUGGAGGUGGGGGUCAGCCCCCACCUGUGCCCUGGGGGGAAACUGAGGCAGGAGGACUGUGCAUGGCCCUGCCCUGGGGGCCGCAGGGGGCUUUUCCCCGUAGACACUACGGGGCUGGGGUGGGGGGCACGGCACCCCAGGCAAUCUGGGGGUGUCCCCACCGCAGAGCGGACCCUGCACGGGGGCAGCCCUGGGAACUGUGUGUAUAAAUAAGUGUGUACAGAAAUAAAUAU